CUCCCGGGGGCGGGCUCCGGGGGCGGGGCCCGGGUCCGACCCGCUCGGCCGCGCGCCCCGCAGCUCAGGAGCGAGCGGGCCACGAGCGGAGGCAGAGCGUGGCCGUCCCGUCGCGCACGAUGCUGCCCUGGACGGUGCUCGGCCUGGCCCUGAGCCUGCGGCUGGCGCGGAGCGGCGCGGAGCGUGGCCCCCCGGCAUCUGCCCCCCAGGGGGACCUGCUGUUUCUGUUGGACAGCUCGGCCAGCGUGUCUCAUUAUGAGUUUUCCCGAGUUCGGGAGUUUUUGGGGCGGCUGGCGGCCCUGCUGCCCCUGGGCCCUGGGGCCCUGCGUGCCAGCCUGGUGCACGUGGGCAGUCGGCCGCACACCGAGUUCCCCUUCGGCCAGCACAGCUCAGGCUCGGCCAUCCAGGACGCCAUACACGCUGCAGCCCAGCGCAUGGGUGACACCAACACUGGCCUGGCGCUGGCAUAUGCCAAGGAGCAGCUGUUUGCCAAGGCGGCGGGGGCCCGGCCGGGGGUGCCCAAGGUGCUGGUGUGGGUGACAGACGGCGGCUCCAGCGACCCCGUGGGGCCCCCCAUGCAGGAGCUGAAGGACCUGGGCGUCACCGUCUUCGUCGUCAGCACUGGCCGCGGCAACCUCCUGGAGCUGUCGGCUGCCGCCUCGGCCCCCGCUGAGAAGCAUCUGCACUUUGUGGAUGUGGAUGACCUGCACAUCAUCACCCAGGCGCUGAGGGGCUCCAUUCUCGACGCUAUGUGGCCGCAUCAGCUCCGUGCCUCCGAGGUUACGUCCAGCGGCUUCCGUCUGGCCUGGCCGCCCCUACUGACCGCCGACUCGGGCUACUACCUGUUGGAGCUGGCGCCCAGCGCCGAGCCGGGAACGGCGCGCCGCCAGCAGCUGCCAGGGAACGCCACGGGCUGGGCCUGGGCCGGCCUGGACCCUGACACGGACUACGACGUGGCGCUGGUGCCGGAGUCCAACGUGCGGCUCCUGAGGCCACAGCACCUGCGGGUGCGCACUCUGCCGGAGGAGACCGGGCCAGAGCGCAUCGUCAUCUCGCACGCCAGGCCGCGCAGCCUGCGCGUGAGCUGGGCCCCGGCGCUGGGCCCGGCCGCCGCGCUCGGCUACCACGUGCAGGUCGGGCCCCUGCGGGGCGGCGCGGCGCAGCUCGUGGAGGUGCCCGCGGGCCGGAACAGCACCACGCUGCAGGGCCUGGCGCCGGGCACCGCCUACCUGGUGACCGUGACGGCGGCCUUCCGCUCCGGCCGCGAGAGGGCGCUGUCGGCCAAGGCCUGCACGCCCGACGGCGAGCGCAGCCGCGCCCCGCGCCCCCAGUCGCCGGGCGCUGGGGGCCGGGAGCCGUGAGCAGGCCGCGCCCGCGCACCCGAGGGCGCCCUUCUCCCGAGCUCGGUGGGUCUUGCCCCAUGGGUGGGAUGCUGGCCGGCCUUUGGCCCGCGGGACCCCCGCGCAAGAGGGCGCCCUGCUCCGGCGUCGGCCCUCCAGGACGCGGCCUCGCCUGACCCUCCGCGGCAGCUCUGGCAGCGGCGCGUGCCCUCGCGACUCCCUCCCCUGCCCGGUCUAGAGCUUGGGCAGGAUUUAGCGGGGAGAUGGACAGGGAGUCAGGAUCCCGUUGAGAACGUGAGGCCCGAGAUGGCUCUGGGCCCAGGACCACAGGGCGCCGGGGCGGCCGGACCUCACACUUGUAUUAAGGGCCACACCCUCUGGUGGCAAAGGCUAGCAUUUGUUUGAAGGAGCUUGGUCUCUGUGGCAGCUCCGAGUCCCCUCCAGCCACUCAGGUCCUGGAUGGGAAAGGAAGGAGGUGGCUCUGGCCAGGUCCUCAGAGGCUUCCUGGAGGGCGCAGGGUCUGGGAAUGGGGAGGGGAAGUGCUGGGAGUUGAUCGUGUGGUCAGCAGCUGGGUGGCUGGAGGGACAGUCUUCACCGGCAUGCUCAGCCGGCUUGGGGGAAGUGCUUGCUGGGAACAGUGGCCCUUCCUGCCUACCCAGGACCCCACUGGGCCCAGCCACAGCCACUGGGACGCAGAUGGCCCCUUUUGGGAGGAAUGGGACAGGAGCUUGGCGUUUGGGACCCUGGAGACAGGCGAGCUUGUUCUUGCGGGGCCCCACGGCUGGCACUUGCAGGGAGCUUUCCCUGCUUCUGGCUGGAGGACCUCCAGGCAGGGGCAGGGACAAGCAAGGUUCCCCUGGGUGCUGCACCCCAGCCAUUCUCUGCAGGGCCUUCUGACCCCACCUCCUGUCACUGCUCUUAUCCUGGGGCCAACAGGCAAGUCCCAAGGGCAGGCAGUGCUGCGCUCCCUCAGCCCCACCCCGCACCUCCUCCUCCGCCUGCACUGACUCAGUGCUCACUUUGCCUCUUCCCCACUAACACCCCAGACUUUAAAAUACAGUAAAUCAGAUGUAAACUUAGU